AUGACAACACAUAACAGCCAACUAAAGAUUGCGGCAAAACUCGAGACAUUUGAGCUGAUACAGCAGGCUAUUGCCCAAAUUUUCCAGGACGCCCAGAUGACAGUGUCGGGCCACCGAAAGCAAGUGAUUUUGUUGAAGCGCAUUCAUUCGCGUGCGGUAGAGCUUGAGUUCGAGGAUGAAUUCAACAUGUUCUUCACUAAAUUACUCAACAAGGUGCUCCCGAUCAAACGAGGGGAGCGGGUGGCGGAGAACAUUGCCAAGUUCUGCCUGUCGUACGUGGCGUCGAUUCAGCCAGGCACAGAGGAAAAGCCAGGGACCGCUGAAAAGCUAGACGAAGAUGACCACGUAUCACGUUUCACAAGUUACAUCCUCAAACACUUGUUGCGGGGUUUGGAGGCUAAACAGAAGAACGUGCGAUACCGUGCGAUCCAGUUCAUCACUGUGAUCAUGUCUGGGGUGAGCGAAAUGGACGAAGAAUUGUACCAAGUUUUAGUCUACUCACUUAACAACCGCUUAUACGAUAAAGAGUCGUUGGUCCGAGUGAUGGCGGUGCGGUCAAUUUCGCGUCUCCAGGGCCACGAAUGCGAUGAUAUCAACUCUGAUAGGAUCGACGAGGCGGUGGAGAAGUUGUUGAAUGCGAUCCAGAACGAUUCAUCACCGGAAGUCAGAAAGAAUGCGCUCAUAAACUUGGUGAUCAACCAGGUCACGAAGGAUUACAUCUUGGAAAGGGCCCGGGAUGAGAAUUCAGUCAUUAGACGAAACGUCUUCUCCAACGUGGUCAAGAAGUUUGGUGAUUUCCGCACUAUUGACUUUAAAACCAGGGAGAAGUUGUUGUCCUGGGGGUUGAAAGACCGCGAUGACUCGGUGCAAAAGGCCGCCGUUAAGAUGCUUGCUAACGAAUGGUUUGAGACCGUCAAUGGCGACUUACUAGAGUUUAUUGAACGACUCCAUGUGGUGGACUCUGAGAUUGCAGAUACGGCGUUGCGGCUCUUUUUCACCGCCAGGCCUGACAAGGUGGCGAAGAUUCUGAUUACCGAGGAGUGGAAGCAGUUGACGGUGGAAACGGCCUUCAUGGCGCGGGUCUUCUUGAACCACUGCAACGAGAAUAACAUGUACGACACGGUGGAUAAAAACUUCCCCGAGGCCACAGAGUUGUCGAGCUACUUACAAAAGUACCUCCAGCUUCGUAAGAAGAUGGCCGAAGAAACUGAUGAGCAAGAAGCCACGGCGUUGACCGAGGACCAACUAGCCCUAGACUUUGUCAUCCAGCAGUUUCUUCUCAUCGCCAGAGAUUACGACUUUUCCGACGACUUCGGCAGACGGUCCAUGCUUCAGGUGCUUAGAUCGUCCCUCACCAACGACAAGCUUCCAGACAAGUUGACCGAGAUCUCGCUCCAGGUGUUGAAUAAAAUUUCCAUCAACGAGCGCGACUUCUGCUCCAUGGUGGUGGAAAUCAUCACCGACAUCCGUGACUCCACCGCCGACGACGAGGAAUUCCACUCUGCGCUUGAGAACGACGAUGACGGGGUCUCCUCGGAGAAGAAAGAGAAAGAGAUCCCCGAAGACGUCUGGCUCCAGUGUUUAAGCAUUGCUCAGCACUUGCUCGAACUAACCGAAGAGCCAUUGCAAGACAACAUCUCGUUGAACUCCAUCUUGGAAACGUUGAUCAAUCCGGCCAUUGUCACACGUAAGACGAAUCUCCGCGCCGCCGGUAUUCGCUGCCUUGGUCUUUGCUGCCUUUUGGACAAAAGCUUGGCCAUUGAGAAUCUCUUCUUGUUUGGGUUGUGUGCUGCCAGAGGUGACGAGACGUUGCGUGUGACGUCUAUCAAGACGAUCAUUGAUGUGCUCUGUAUCCAUGGCACGCUGGUGCUUGACAACGACAGAGAAGGCUAUGUGGAUCACUUGUCGCUUGCCAAGCUCUACUACAAGACCUUGCGAGCCGUGGACUAUCCCCAAGCGCAGUACGUCACCGCCGAAGGCUUGAUGAAAUUGUACUUUGCGGACAUUAUGACGGACGACGAUUUGUUUGAAACGCUCAUUUUGACAUACCACAACCCCCAGAAUAGUGGUAAUGAACCCUUGAAGCAAGCGUUGAACUUCUGUCUCCCGGUUUACGCCUACUCACACCCUGACCACCAGGAAAGACUUGCACGAGUCUCUGGGGAUGCCUUCAACAGACUAGCCAAGGAGUAUGCCGGCUUGAAUGGCGACGAGCAGCGAAAGAUGGCUAAUCCAAACAAAAUCUUGCAGUUGAUCAUUGACUGGACUAAUCCCGAAAAGGUGGUCAACCGCUCGAGUGACCAGGCGCAAAAGUCUCUGUCGCACGUGAUUUUGGCGUUGACACUUUUGGAGGUGGUUGAGGUCUCUGAGACGGCGGUUAUCCGAAAGUUGAUCUUCACCAACCUUCCAAGGCUUUCGAUUACGUCUCAGAUUCCCGUAAAGUUGUUGAAGCCGCUUUCGAAAAAGUUGGAGGCCUUUGAGCAGGCGUUGGAAGAUGAGCAUUUUGAGCUUGACAAGACCUCCAGCACCGCCUUUGCCAAGUACAAAGGCUGGUUUGACGAUUUGUUUGAGCAGGCAAAGACCUUGCAGGAUACCAAUGCCGAUACCACGAUUAUCCAUAACACCACCACGGCCAGCGACAGCGGUAAUGAGCUCGACCCCGAGGAGGACAUUCUCGAGGGUACCAGAGAUGAGGAUGCUGAAGAGGAGAGCGAGGAAGAAAGCGAGCAGGAAGCCACUGAGAUUAACCUUCAUCCGAGUAUCAAAUUCCGGGCCCCGUUACUUGCGCAGAAAGAUGCCGAGGCGGCCAAGCUUGCCGAGAUUGACAGACAGUUAAAGGAGUUGAACAGUGACAGCGAGGCGGAAAUGCAUUCCGAUAGCGAUGUGGAAAUGGCCGAGAAUUAG